AUGAGACUUAUAGUGAUAGCUGAGAAGCAGAUUGUGUAUGACAAGUUCCCAAUCCCUCUUAUCAACCGUUUGGAAAAGCAUUUCCUGAAUGUGUCCACCAUGUUGACGGAAGAACAGCUUGAUUUAACAGAGAGACUUGAGCAUUGGGCUAAGGACUUUGUAAACUGCCAGGGCUCUUCAAUAGUUUAUUCACAUACAAGAAUGAAGAAAGAUGAGUUUUCUGUGGGGGAUGUGUUCAUGGGUUACCAUGCUGACAGUUGUGCUGCUAUUGUGCUACAUGUGUACCAGGAGGAAGGACAAGUCGACCGUACCCAGGUCUUUGACUCUGCUAAGAGAAUGUUACUUUGGUGUGCUACACCUGAUGCAGUGAUGAGACUGAAUUCUACACUCCUGGCUCAAGAGGAAGGAAGUCUAAAUGAGAUUUACUGGGAGGAACAGCAGCACCAGUCUCUGUCUGCAUACCUUUACCAAAAAAUCAGGCAGGAAAACAGAGACAGCCAUUUUGCCCAGGUGACCACCCACUCCAAGUUGAUUACAAGUGUAGACCUAGAAGAACUAUCACUCAAGCUUGGGAUCCCCAUAGACAACAUGGUGUUACUAAACCUUCAGUCAUUUGACACAGAACAACAGUUCUGUAGACAAGUCAAGGUUUGUUUUGAGAGGGAGGAAGAUGAGAUGCUAUUGAUAGUCCAAAGUGACUGUGGCGACCAAAAUGCCAGCCUCGUGGCCUGUGCUAGGUACUGUAUUCAGGAUGAGCUCCAACAGCUGGGUUAUCGAGUCCAGGCAAACAGACAUGCCAUCUUUGUCAUACAGCUGCCAAGGGUUGCAGGAGGUUGUUUCAAUGGAUUCCAGUGUGGGCGUUGGCAUUCACUCCAUAUUGAUGACAUUCGACCGGAGGGUGAUACGCUAAGGAUAUCAGAGAUGAGAGGCAAAUCUGUGGGGAGUUUGAUACAUCACGCAGUUUUGGAAGAAACUGGGCACGCUACUGAAGUUUCCAUGGAAACCAAUGUCCCGGAGGAUCAAGAUGGGCGACAAACAGACAUGGAUGUGGAUGAAGAAGAUAUCCAUCUGGAUUUUAACAAUAUGAAUAGAAACCCAUCUAACCCAACUCAUCAUAAACUUCCUGUGGAAAGCCUUGUACUCAGCUGUAUUCAGGCUGCAUUGGCAAUGGUCAAGGACACAAAGAUGGACAUUGCACGGUCAACAGAAAGGGUCAAUCAGCUGUUGGAUUUAAUUCACUAUGGCAAAAGUAAUCUAGUGUCCAACAACCUUGUGAAGGGCAUAUGCAAACAUCUGGAUGUGUUGAUGACUGAGAAAGAAGAAGCUGCUGUCAACCCUGGGAACUGGCUGGCAACGGAGGCUGCUAAAGCUGAAGUUAUCAAUACAGCAGGGACAUUCAGGCGGGCAUGGAUCCAGUGUUUGGAGACUAAAGUGACCCCGAUACUGACUGGGAUCAUUGCAUUCAUGGAUACAAACAGGAAUUUGGAGAGUUUGUACCGGGCCACAGAUGGGGACUGGGUCCAGCAACUGUGGCUGGGAACCAUCAACUGUACCAAGGCUACAGGUCUACAAUACUCUCAGCUGGUGUCGCCUGGUCAUUCCCAUCAAGAACUUCCUGAGGUGAUGGUCAGACACACAGGGACAGAUGGUCACCUGUUCACUGCCCAGAUGCCGUUCUCAUGGAUCUUCUACAGGCUGAUAGAGGAUUUACUGAACACCACAAUGAUUAAUACACCUGACACAGACUCCCUUGAUAAAGUGAACACAGUUAGGAAUAUCUUGGCCAGCCAGCCGAUAGGUAUCAUGCUCCAGCCCCUCAUUGACAGAGACAGACAAAGUAUCCUGAAGGCCUAUAUCAGUGACUUUGUCUACAUGAUGUAUCCGGUGUCAUCUCUACAGGAACAUCAGCUUGUUUGUGAGAGUGUGUACAUUGGAUCCAGUUCUAUCCUCCAACACCAGGCUGGUGAUGGAGUUGCCAUGUUGAUAGCCAUUCAUUUAGCAUAUCACCAGAAUGUCAGCAGGUUCCGUAACUUCUCUAGUCUCAACCGAGUGUGGCCAGAAUGUAGUGAGACCAUCAUAGAUUUUCAGGCAAGCAGUCCAAACUUCUUCCUCUGCACUGAUGAAGAAAUGACCUUAGAUGUAAUGGGCUUGCGUCUACUACUUGAGAAACUGGAGCCAUUGAAAGAGACACUGAAUAAAGUAGUAAGUCGUGCUGAGUGGUUACAGAGAGUACGUCACUAUCGGCCUGUUGUGGAGAGAUUGCUGGAUAUGGUUCAAUCUGGACAUGAUCUGGAAACAGUUCAGUGUGGUCCUCGCUGUGUCAAGGGCAUUCUGGAAGCCAGAAUGACCUGGACCUGUGUGCUGGUGGUGAAGUUAUUUAUAGAACAUGUUUACUCUAUACAAGCAGCUGAUGACAAGUUUACCAUCAACAGAUGUAUGCCAUUAUGGACCAUGAUGAAAACUGGUGCCAACAUGAAAUCGUUAGAAGCUUUAGAAAAGGUGGAGAAGUUCUUGAAGAUGUGCAACAAACUAGCUGUUGCUCACUACUUUGAUAUCAACAAAAAUGACAAGUGUAAAAAUUGUGAGAAUGAGCUUGAAGGACCUCCUGUCUACCUUCCAUGUAAAGACAAAAUCUGUCCACAAUGUUACAAUGACAUUUUGAUCAUCAAAGAGUUGAUAUGCCCAGUUUGUCACUCAGAAAUUCCUGCCAACUUAAAAGCAAACGAAGAUCUUCACAAAAGUGAGAAAAGUAAGAAGUACUUUGACUACAAGAAGAGGAUCAAUAGUUUCUUUAUGGAGGUUGUGUCCCAGCUGUGUUUUGCUGAAGACACACCGCCCUCUGAUGAAGUAGUCCAAAAACUUCUCGGUUACAUCACAAGGUCAGCUGACAAGGGCAUGGUAGUAACCAAGAAGAUGACAAUAUUUGAUGACAGCAUUGACCCUACUCCUGUUCUCAGAUCAUUUCUGCUGCAGCUUCUCCUGCAGACCAGUGGAGACCAAGUGUCAGUCUAUCUUGGAACCUACCUACAACAGGCUGAACAAUUUGUGGACCCAACAGGACAGGAGCAGCUCAUAGAACUGUGUCUCCUGAUCCUACAGUGUGUUGAGGAUGUUUACCACCAAGAUGUUUCCAAGAGUGAAACACCACAAAAGAAAGAAGUACAAUUGGCUACAGUGAUGUUGAGAGACUCUAUACACAGCAUUAGUAUAGAAGAAUUGAGUGUCGUGAAAUUGUACACCUUGGCAGAGACACGGUUUGCACUGAGUGUAGCAGCAAAGUAUGUACAGAAAAUCUACGUGGACAAAUCAGUCAAGAUGACAAAAGGCCUGAGACAGAUGAUUGAUGCUGCAGCUAAACUUUGUGAAGAAUGUGGCUUUGACUGGCCUUGUAUAUAUUUUAUCAAGCAGCUGUGUCGUUGUUAUGGAUUGGACAGCUAUCAGACAGUAUGUAAGUCUGGAGAUGCUAAUAUGUGUCGCUGGCUACAGAUGCUUGACCUUGACAGGGAAGAGGUUCUGGAGUGCUCUGACCUGUUUGUGGUGUGUGGAGAUCAGUACAUCACCUGUCGGGAGAUAGUCACCAAGUGUAUUCUAGGACAGGACCCGGCCUCUCUCAUACAACAUUUGGAGGCCUUGAGCAUUGUGGAUUGGAAGAAGAGGAUACCUGUACUGUUGGCAGUAUAUAGAGAAGUGACCAUGUCCAAUGUGUACCCUGAAGACAAGAGGAAAACACAGCCAGAGAUGUUUGAACAGCUCCUGGACAUCUUGUCAAGUCAUCAGUUGUUUCAAGCACAGGAAAACCUCCUGAAGGCAUUGUUCCAAAAUACAAUCUGGCGAAAAAUACGUUGUUUGGACAUCCAUCCAGGAAUGGAACUGAAGGACCAGAGCAUUGUGUGUCUGCUGGUCCAUGCUGGGAUCACUUUCCUACAGAUUCCAGACGAGUACACUCUGUUGCAGCCGCUUAUAACACUGGCCCUUCUACCACAGAACAUGGCAAGGUCCUUUCUACCCACCAUGCCACAAGAUGACAUGAUAGAGAUCAAGGAGGCUCUGUUAGCGGCCAGGGAUCAAACAGGCGGUGAAAACCCAGUGGUUUAUCGUUGCCCAAAUGGUCAUCCAUACAUAAUUGGAAACUGUGGCAGACCAGCAGUGCUGGGGAAGUGUAAGGAUUGUGGAGAAGCCAUUGGAGGUACAGGCUAUGUCCUAAGCAGGGGCAACAUACAGGAUGAUGGGACUGACAAGACCAAACCUGGCCACAUUCUGGGUCGAGCUGAUCAAAGAACGGAUGUUGUUGUGGGUGAAAGAGCGAUGAAUCCAGUGUCAUGUGCCAUACUGAGACUUCUAACUCACAUCUCAAUGCUUUUGGGGACCAAUGAAAAUCCUCAGGUGAUCUGCAGCAUGAUACAACCAAACAUCGGGGAUCAUAUGUUGGUCGAGUUUCUAUUUAACCACAUCAAGCUGGACAUAGCCAGCCUACAACGAUUGACGGGGCGAAGUGUGGAUGAUGUUCUUCUACUGAUGCACAGGGUCCUUUUCAGUCUAAUUGAGACCUACAAAAAUGCAGGAGCACUGAACGCAGACAUACUUACAUUGAUCACAAAGGACGCAAGAAAUCAGUGGGAGAAAUUGUUCUGUAAAAACUGUCUAUCACCAUUGUUACGGGAUCUGGAAAAAACAAUGAAAUCAUGCAACACACAACUGACACAGGACAAAAGACUGGGUAAGUGA